CAUAAAAUAUGAAGCUCCCUUGGAAAUGGUGUACUCCGUUCUUAUUGCGAUUGCUUGCUCUGUCCCAAGAGACGAUUGGAGCUUCGGCAUCAGCAUUCAGUAACCUUGGGUCUGUGCACCUGGUGGGCGGGUUUUAUGUCGGUCUCGCCGCUAGCCCCUCCAAUGUCUUGGCGGGAUCAUACUCUCAGCCUCGUCCCCACGUGAGCCUCGACGGCACAACGUUUGUACAACUCUCCAGCCACGAGCUGUCACUGCCUAUCAUGCCUUUACAUUUAUUAGGCAAGAAAUCGUGGAAUGUCUACAAUGCCGAUAAUAUCGAGAAGGUCAAGCGCGACGAGGCUAUCGCGCAGGCAAAAGAAGAGGCCGAGGAGCAGCGCAUGCAAGAGAUCGAUGCCGCACGCCGAAUAGCCAUACUACGCGGCGAAACCCCGCCCCCGCUAGAGAUCGAUGAAGCGCACGAUGAAUCCGGGCGAGAGCCAAGAGAGCGUGGUCCAGCCAGGGAAAAGAAGAAGAGGAAGCGGGCGGGAGAAGAUGACACGGAUUUUGAGAUGAGGGUGGCGAAGGAGCAGAAGAUAUCAGCGAGCGAGGAUACACAGAUUGUUCUGAGGAAACCGACUACUGAGGCACCCCUACUGGAUGAGUCGGGGCACAUAGAUCUCUUCCCUUCUGAGCGCCCAAAAGCGCCCAAGGACGACACGAAGAAGCUCCAAGCGGAGAAGGAGCUAGCGAAGAGGAAGAAAGAGUACGCUGAUAACUACACGGUCAAAUUCUCUGAUGCGGCUGGGUUUAAGAAGGGGUUAGAGAGCCCGUGGUAUUCCUCUGGUAAGGCGGGCCUUGCUGUCGAUGAGCCACUCGAGGUGCCCAGCAAAGAUGUUUGGGGUAAUGAGGAUCCAAGGAGGAAAGAGAGGGAAGCUACGAGGAUUGUAUCAAACGAUCCAUUGGCUGCCAUGAGGCAGGGAGCAGCGAAGGUUAGGCAGGUGGCGAAGGAGAGGAAACAGUGGCAGGAGGAGCGGGAAAAGGAGAUGUUGGAGAUGGAGAAGGCUAGUUCGAGGAGGAAGGCUCGCGACGACCCGGAUGAUGAACUUGAGGGGUUUUCUCUGGAUAGAUCGGAGGAUAAAUCGAAGAGCCGACAUCGCGAGGAUCGGAAGUCCAGCCAUAGUGAGUCGAGGAGGCGGUCACAUCGGGAUAGGAGCCGAGAUCGAGAGAGGAGUCGAGAGAGGCGGAGACAUAGGCACAGACACAGGAGUAGUGAUAGGGACAGAGACAGGGCUGAUCGCCACCGUCACUAAUGAAUAAUUGGAUAACGAAUACAUACAUGAUACCCCACUACACCGCCGUCCACUCACGGCCGGUUGGGCCUAACGAAGAUCAAGUAGUGGUGGGGAGUAAGGGUGUGGGAAGUCCAGCCUGUUGUCUGUAUCCUGCGCAAAGUUCACUCACCUCAAAAGCAUGGAUACAUCCACAUCUUCCACAUACGACCAUAUAUUCAAGAGAAUUGGGCAUCCCGUCCACGUAUACUAUAACUGGCAUUCGCAGCGACUGUACGACGUACGAUGACUUGUGACAUAUGCGCAGGGUCUUGAUGUGUUGGAGGACAAAAAGGAGGCGGGAAGGGAGGAAGGUAUUUUGGUCGGAAGAUAGGCGGGGAGCACCGUCAGCUGUAAAGCUUGAUUUCACACAACAUAUAUACUUAUUGCAGAAGAUUUGAAGAAUUAUCUGUUCUAUUAGGAAGAAUGCGGAUGACAAAUUCCAAAGUCUCUCGAGGUAGAUUGAUCAUCGCUGAGCCUGAAUCUGCACGGCAGCAGCCAAAAAGAUCGCCAGAUUGCCAGAUUCAGAUCGCCAGGAAGAGCCAAAAUGUGUUCAGAAAGGUGCGGGACAAAUGAUCUAGCGUGCCUGAUUGGUCUAGCACAAUCGGCUGGGUCGAAAGUCGAGUGAUUCAGGCAAACUUCGCAACUCCAACUCCCCGUGGGCAGAAUUUCGUUUCGCUAAUCGAUCUGAUCUUUUCGUCGACGUCAUUCUAAAACCGUCGACCUAAUCUACAAGUUUCCCCACAGAAAUGCCGGUUUGGUUGUGUUACUACUAAUGCCCAUCUCCACUUCUCCCUUCGCCCUGCAUACAACAUAAAUCGAACCAACCAGCGCACUACCCCUGAAAUGGCAGUGGCGUCCGGGUGAUUGGCUCUAGCGUCGUUCUAGUGACUGACUGACGCCCUGUUACCCGAAAGGAAACAACCACAUCAUUCACACACCACUUGACCGGGGGGUGCGGUUCCCCCUUCCGGAAUGAGCAUAAAUUCAGAAUUGGGAUGGAUUGGAUGGAGGUUGGAUUUGGCGCGGCCGCGGCGGGGCGGGGUUAUGCUGUAAGCUUGCAUGUAUGGACUUUGCACAAUUUUAAAAUUUUGUGCGGAUGGGGAUUAUGAGAUGAGGCUGCUGUAAGGGAUUGGACUGACCUGGGUGGGUGCUGUGGUAGUGGUGAUGAUGGUGACAUGAUCUUCCUUCGCAAUACGGCAGUAGUUGAAGACGGUUCAUUCCACAUGGUAACAUUACUACGGUAGCUGCGAAAGGAAAUCGAGCAGAUCGAGAUGUUGUUAUGACGGAGGCUCAGUCAGGCCCGUCUAGAUUGAUGUUAACGAUGGGACUUCCCGAUGCCAGAGGUGAUAGCGCCAAGAGCUGAAUGCCAGUACGGUACCCAAGACCGAGUGUCAGUGCCAUCGAUAACUUGUGUCACGUCACAGCAGUUGAGUUCUAAAGACCAU